GGUUGUCACCAAAGAAAACCACGAAAUUAUUACCUAACUUCUUUAAAAUUUAGAAAUAUGUAUGUACAUUCUCCGGUUGUAUAGCAGUGUCUAAUAAAUAUUGUUUUUGCUUAAAGUGAACAUAAAAGUUAAAAGCCUGAUUAGAGUAUCAUAAAUGAAAAAUCCGAACUCAAAAUAAGCUAAAAUAAAAGAAAAAUUAGAAAGUGUAACAAUGGCAUUAAAACAAAAUUACACGAAUAACUUUCAAGAAGAUGGAAUGAAUGGCUGGGCAUACCUUUUUCCAUUGUUUUCAAACACUCUCAGACCAAUCAAACUUGUUGGUGAUGUCUCAUUUUACGGAAGAGAAGCACAUGAUAAUUUCACAGAAGGAUUUAUCUUUACCGCUGAACAUAUCAAACAUCACUUUGAUUCAAUUAGCAGAAACCAUUUUCGAAUUCAAAGAGAAAAAUCAUCAGGAAAUGAAAUUAAUUUAAGCCCAGCUGUUCUCCAUGUAACAGGUUUAAAUGGAUUAAUUUUGAAUUUUGAAAGGCUUUCACAAGGAUCUUCCAGAAUGCUUAAAAAUGGAGACGUCAUUAAAUUGGUUUUGAGCUUCAGCUUGUUUACCUUCAUCGAUAGAAGAAACUUUGAAACUUUCGACUAUCCUGAGAUCUUAUUAGACAAAUACUGUUUUGGUUCCAUAAUUGGAAGUGGUGGUCAAAGUCUAGUACGCGCUGCUUAUGAAAAGAAGGAUUUAAAGAAAUUGGCUGUCAAAGUACUUCCGAGAGAUAAAAACGAUUGUGAAUCGGUAUUCGGAUAUUGCAAGCGUAUUCAACAUAUGAAUGACGAGGUUCGGGUCAUGAAAACAUUGGAUAAUCCAAAUGUCAUCAAAUAUAUCGACGACUUUGUGCAUAAGAAACAUCUUUUCAUUUUCAUGGAACAUGCGGAUUGUGGCAGCAUGUUUGACUUGGUAAAUGAUUAUCCAAACAACUGUUUACCCGAGUCAGACGCAAAAUUCUUUUUGGCACAAAUAUGCAAAGGCCUUGCAAUAGUGCAUCAACUGAAAAUUGCACAUAGAGACAUAAAAAUUGAGAAUAUUUUCGUGAAGUCUUUGAAAGUUGACGAUAGAAAUGAACAUUUGUUAAAAAUCGGCGAUUUUGGUUUUGCACGCUCAUCUGACGAAACAUUGAUGACUCAACUUGGAACGAAACAUUAUUUACCACCUGAAAUAAUGGAUUUAAAUGGUGAAUAUACAAUCAAAGCCGAUAUAUGGUCAUUGGGAUGUUUGUUCUAUUCGUGUUUGUCGGGAUCCUAUCCAUUCCAUGAUAAUUAUGGAACACCGAUAAGAGAUCAAAUUCGAACUGGGAACAUAAACUUUUCUUGUGCAAACUUUUGGAAAAAGAUUCCAAUGGCUGUAAGUUUAAUAAAAAACUUAAUUCAGGUCGAUCCGACAUCACGUCCAACAGUUGAUGAAAUUUUAAGAAACACUUGGUUUACAAAGGAUUAUGAAUUGCGAAUUCGAUUACGUCAACUUUACCAGCUUUACAAUGCAGAGCAAAAGAAAAUUAAAAUGAUUGAGGAUGGAGAACCUCAUGCAAAAAUGCGCAAAUUAAAUAUUUCGACGAAUGGCAUUCAUUUGUCUAUACAAUUGAUAAUCAGACGAGAUUCAAUAACUCAUUUGAAAAUUCUGCCAAAUGCAAUAAAACUUUGA